GCUAGUGGUAACUACGCGAAACAAUUUAUUAUUUUGUGAGAAGCUGUUGAAGUUAAUUUGUCAUGAUUAUACUCUCAUUGCAUGCAUAGCAAUUGUCUUUUUAAAAGGAUCGGACAAAUCAGAGAUAGAAACAGAAAAGAGGGAAAUAUAAACAAAGACUUGGUUGGAAAUGCAUGAUUGGAUAUCUAUGUAGCAUUCUUCCCAGCUAUCAAGAUGUCUAAAAUGAAGACAAUGAACCCACAGCUGAAGCAGUUCUUAAGGAGGAACAAAGUGCCUGAUGUAUAUGAGGCUCUUUUGACUGGCCUAGCUGUGGUAUGUCCAGAUGACCCAUUUGAAUACCUCAUUGGAAAUCUCACCGAGCUUCUUAGACAGAGAGAAGAAGAUGUUCAUGGACUUGAGUCUCUCAAGUGGGAUUCCCUGGUGCCAGAUGAUAUGAAACCUAAGAAGAAGAUAUUUGGAGCAGCAUACCUCGAUAAUAUAUACCUACUGGACGAAGAGAACUUGCAUCCUUGGGAAUGGAUGCCACAUCCAGAGUUGUACCAGAAGGCGUACCAGUGUUAUAACAACAGAUUGGUCACCAUGACAUUCAACGCCUGGUUCAGGUAUCACCUUCGGAAGAAGGCAAAGCGUGAAUGGCUAGCACGCAGGAUGAAGGAAGCUGCUGAUUAUUUCUUCUUGAGAAAGCAGCGUGUCCACUUCAAGAUCUGGUCUGACUGGCAUAGAUUUAGAAUGCAGAGGCAAGAGAGGGCCUUUGAUAUCAUCCAGCGUGCAUAUAAUAUUUCUUUGUCUCGGCUCGUGUUUGAAGCUUGGCACAAUGUCAUGCAAGAAUCUAGACGUACUAAAGAAUACUUUGAGAGGUUAGAGAGGGGUGAAUUGGAUGGAGAAGAGGAUAUGUUAGGUCCUAGAGGAGAAGCUAGAGAUGACAUCUCAUUGUUACCAAGAAGAGUAGCCAUAAAGAUCUUUGGCUACCUUGAUCUUGUGGACAUUAGUAGAUGCUCGAGGGUGUGUCGUUCAUGGAAGAUGAUCACAAGCAAUAGCUCCCUCUGGAGUUGGGUGGACCUGUCAAAGGCAAAGAAUGUUGUGACUGACAAUGUACUGACUAGUCUACUGCAGCACUACAGACCCUAUGUUCUUCAUCUCAAUAUCAAAGGAUGCAGUAUGCUCACCAAACCCAGCUUCAAAGCUGUUGGCCAGUGUCGUAACUUGCAGGAUUUGAACAUGUCAGAAUGUCCUGGACUGAAUGAUGAUACUAUGAAGUAUGUUGCUGAAGGUUGCUCAGUCUUACUCUAUCUCAAUAUCUCCUUCACUAACAUCACAGAUGCCACCCUCAGAUUACUAGCCAGAUGUUGCAGCAACCUUCAGUACCUGAGCCUAGCAUACUGCAAGCGUUUCAGUGACAAGGGUCUUCAGUAUCUAGGAACGGGGAGAGGAGGAAGGAGAUUGGUCCAUCUUGACCUUUCAGGGUGUCCUCAGAUAACGGUCAAUGGCUACAAGAAUAUAUCUGGUGGAUGCCCCAAGCUUCAGCAUCUCAUCAUCAAUGAUUGCUACACACUCAGAGAUGACAUGAUCGUUGCCGUGGCAGCCAACUGUCAUAAUAUCCGAUGUAUCUCCUUCCUGUACACACCCAACAUCACAGAUGUUGCUCUCAAAGCACUGGCUGUUCAUCGCAAGCUACAGCAGAUCAGAAUAGAAGGGAACUGCAAAAUAACAGAUGCCUCCUUCAAACUACUGGGUAGAUACUGCGUUGAUCUGAGACAUAUCUAUGUGAGUGAUUGCCCAAGGAUUACUGAUGCAGCUCUCAAAUCUCUUGCCACAUGCAGAAACAUCAACGUACUCAAUGUGGCAGACUGUAUCAGGAUUAGUGAUAAUGGUGUGCGGAAUCUUGUUGAAGGACCUUCUGGUCCUAAGCUGAGAGAGAUGAACCUGACUAACUGUGUCAGAGUCACUGAUGUAUCUAUCAUGAAGAUCACACAGAAGUGCUAUAGUCUAGUGUAUGGCUCAUUCUGCUUCAGUGAGCACAUCACUGAUGCUGGAGCUGAGAUGUUAGGAAACAUGCCUGCUCUAUCAUCACUUGAUAUCUCAGGAUGUAAUAUCACAGACACAGGGCUUGGUGCUUUGGGUAACUGCUAUCAUCUUCGUGAUGUGGUCCUGUCGGAGUGUCAUCAGAUCACUGAUCUUGGUAUCCAGAAGUUUGCCCAGCAGUGUAGAGAUCUUGACCGACUAGACAUCUCUCAUUGUCUGCAGCUGACCGAUCAGGCCAUCAAGAAUCUAGCCUUCUGCUGUCGCAAGCUCUCCUUCCUCAACAUUGCCGGCUGUAGUCAGUUGAGUGAUAUGAGUAUCCGGUAUAUAUCGGGGGUGUGUCACUACCUCCAGUCAUUGAACUUCUCUGGCUGUAUCAAGGUCAGUGAUGAUUCCAUGCGCUUCCUACGUAAGGGACUCAAGAGGCUGAGGAACCUUAAUAUGCUCUACUGUCAUCUCAUCACAAAGCCAACCAUCGUCAAGCUAUCAGCCAAGAUCGAGAAGGUCGUUUGGAGUGAUGACCCCAUCCCUAAUCACUUUGGACCUGGCUUUGACUACCUCAAUGCCCUCUCACUCUGCAAGGCUGCCAUGGAGAAGGAGAAAGAGGAGAAUGAGGACAAGGCUAAGAGAGAACAAGAGAAGAAUGAGGAAAAGAAGGAAGAGAAAGGUGAUGGAGAGAGCAAGGGGGAAUCUUCGGCAGAGCCCAAGUCAAGCGAGACCCUGGAUUUAUUGAUGACCUCAUCAUCACAGGAGGAGAGAGAGCCACAAGAGAUGAAGAGAGCCACUGUCCUCAUGCAACAAAAUGAUAUAUCACCUGACAGCUAACUGGGUUUCAGUGCUCUAAACUCUAUGACUAUCCUCCGUCCUCGUGUCGCAAAAUGAUGAAACACGGGACUACUAGCUGCGUCUCAUUGUUCUGUCAAAUAUUAUCUUCCGUCCUUGCGUUACGAAAUGAUGUUGCACCUGACAGCUGGCCGAGUGUCGUUGUAUACUCUAUGACUAUCUUCUGUCCUCAUGUCUACAUGUACCGAUAUGUACCCAUAUCAGUGUACAUAAAUAUAAACAAACCUGAUUUAGUGUUUCAGAGGAGCAGAAUCACUGGCUACCUUAGUAAUACAAAAAAGAGAAACCCUGAAAAUUGCACAUAAUGAUUGUACAGAUCUAAUUGAAGCAAUUAUAUUGAACUAAGACAUUGGACCAUCCAGCAUUUGAUAAAGAGUUUUUCUUUUUUAUAUUUGCUGAUUAUUCAUAAGUAAAAUAAUUGUCCUCUCUUGAUAUACAUGUAUAUCUUCCAACCAAGUACAUGUAGAUGCAAUAUGAAAUGGAAGCUGCAAAAUCAUUAAUGAUUUACAUUUCUACAAUGCUGAAUACCAGUAACCUUUUAAUGAUUUGAUACUCAUACAUAUAUGUACAAUUAAAAUAAUUAUGUCUGAUGACUUCUGGCACUUUAUCUACGGUAUAUUGAUGUUGACACUCUUGUGAAGUUCCAAUAUACAUUAAUAGAAGGAUUGCAUGAAAUUGCAUGGAAUAAAUUUCUGGCAAUAAAAGACCUAUUUACAGCAUAAAAGUUGAAAUUGCACUUAUAAUGAGACUUAUGAAUUGCUAUACAGUCUGAUCUGUUCUUUUGUAUGGAGAAGGACCAUGGACGUUCAUAAAGAAUACAAAAGAAAUAUUGCAUCAUUUGAAAAUUUGGUGUACAGUAGAAUGAUGAGCAUAUCAUGGAAAGAUGUGAAAAAAUACUGCAUAUGGAAGGGCUUAAACAAAAUAUCCUAAAAUGCAAAAUACAUUGGCCACAGUAAAAUACAUCAGAGUCUCUUGAGAGAUUUAUUGGAAGGAAUAGGAGCAGUUACCAGACCAAGAGGGAAACCAAGAACUAACUCGGAGGGGAACAUUGAGACAUGGAGGGGAAUGACACUGUAAGAGUGUACUAUAAUGGCAGAGAACAGAUAUGUGGUAAAAUGUUGCAAUCAGCCUCCGAAAUGGGAAAAGAUAUCUUGAUAGAUAGACUAUUCCAUUUGUAUACCAAUUCAUUAUUUAAUUUGAAUUUUGCUGGUCAGUGAUGCUACUAGUACAUGUAUUUGAAUGAGUAUCUGCAAGUCUAUGUAUUCAUUUGCACAUUCAUAUACAUUUAUUCAGAAGUGUUCCCACAUAGCUGUGUGUGGUGAAUAUACAUGUAGAUAUUACAUUCUAUUUUUCAUUUUUCAUGUAUAUAUUAUAAUUUGUACCUGUUUGAUACUGUAAAUAGGUUGACAGUGUAUGUAUUAAUUGAUGUAAAAAUGUAUAUACAAAUGUAUCAGCAAUAAUGUUUUUAUUAAAAACCUAUUUGGAAGUUGUAAAUGUACAAGAAAGAUCAUGUGUGACUUGCUGAUUCUUUAUAUUUGUUUUUUAUUUUAAAAUAGUGAUGUGGUACACA